AUGCUGCCUUCGCCAGUUCUUGCUUCGCCUGGGGGAUCGCCAGGGGACAGUGCGAACCAGAAACCCUUGUACAUGUCUCGACCAUUUGUAGACGCAGCGUUGGUGAAGGGGAACUUCAAGACCAUCGUCAGAUUACCGAAAUACGUGGACAUAAUGGAAUGGGUGGCUGUUAACAUCUAUGAUUUCUACACGAACUUGAACGAGUUCUAUGGUGUUCUGACGGAAUGCUGCACACAGCAAUCUUGCGCCACGAUGUCGGGUGGCCCUAGACUCAAUUAUACUUGGAUCAACCAAGAUCGAAGACAAGUAUCCCUCCCCGCGCCUACAUAUAUCGACUAUGUCAUGACCUCCAUUCAAAAUCUGAUAGACGAUGAGAACGUCUUCCCCACCAAGACAAACCAGGAAUUCCACCAGUCUUUCCCGACGACAGUCAAGCAUAUCUACCGCCAACUCCUCCGCGUCUUCGCGCACAUAUAUCACGCACAUUACCCACAGAUCCUGCACCUACGCGCGGAACCUCACUUCAACUCCCUCUUCGCGCAUUUCCUGGCCUUUGGUCGCGAGUACGAGCUUCUGGAAGUCAAGGACAUCAGAGGCGAUCCAAAUACUCCCGUUGGCGUUGGCGCGCUCUGGGAACGAUGGACGGAGAUGGGUAUCCUCGCCGCGUGA